AUAUAAAUGAAUCAGUUCCAGACUUACAAAGUCCAAGACCUUCAAAAAAAGGGAUACACAAAGGAAGAGGCUAUGAAUGCCCUUAAUAUAUGUGACUGGGAUCUUACUCAGGCCCGAAACUACUUACAGUCCCAAGGUGGGCAAUCAAGACAAGAACAAGAUGAACUCAGCAGAGUAUUGGAGAUGAGUAAGACUACAGAUGGGAUUGGACAAUUCCAACAAAUUAAUGAGAUGAAUUUCCUGAAUGACCUUGAACCUCUUACUCUCGAAGAGCGACAAAGAAUAGGAACAACUCCAAUAGGCUUAAAGAACAUUGGAAACACUUGUUAUCUCAAUUCUUUCAUUCAGGCUCUUUUCCAUCUUCCUAUAGUUAUGGAAAAGGUCAUGUCAUUGGAGGACUCAGCAGAACUGCAGCGCCAAAGUAGCCUGAAUGCAAUGAAAAGGAUAGAGUCUUCGUACAAAUUGAUCAUCGAGCUUAAAUAAGCUAUUUGCCUUUAUGACCAAAAGUGAAAAGAAGUACGCAGAUCCAACUGCAAUGAUCCGAAAUAUCGUAGAUGACUUCGGCAACCAAAUGAAAAUAGGAGAUCAGCAAGAUAUCACAGAGGUCAGUGAGGGAUUCAUGAGUCGGAUUCAUGAAGGAUUUGAAGCCAUCACUAAUCCCUAUAAGAACGAAGAAGAAAAUCCAUUCGAAGAAGAGGUCAAAAAUCAAGAAGGAUCUGACGACCAAAGUGGAUCUAGUUCUUCAGAUGACGAGGAAGAUACCCCAUUACUUCAAAAGGUUGAGACAUACAGAACAAAUUAUGAAAGCGAAGGCUUCAUCAAAGAUCUCUUCUAUGGAAAACAGAUCGAAACAACUGAGUGUGAUGAUAAGGAAACAGAGAAUGAUAUCUGAGAGCUAGAGUUCCUGCUGAUUCUCCUAGAAAUCUCUGGUAACAACAAUCUUUACGAAGCAUGGGAUAAGGCAUUCAGAUUCGAAGUCGACUCUGGCAAGUAUAUCUAUAAAUAAAAGAAGAUGGAUCACUAAAGCUCCAGAUGUGCUCACCUUCAGCAUUGUCAGAGUAACUUAUGACCCAGAAAAUAUGGCUCCAAAGAAGAUUCAUGAUGAGUUUUCCUUUGAUAAAGAGAUUUUUAUUGAUAGAUUUGUAGCCAAAAACGCUACAAGAUUCCCAGAUUUUGUUAAGUCCCUUGACAAACUCAAAAGAAAGAAGCAGUCCCUUGAGGAGUCUCUUAAAAAGUACCAGCAUGAGGGCAAAGACUUAGUAAAUUUCUUAAAAGUCAGCAGAAAAUUCGUCGAAAAGCAAUUUAAAUUUGAGGAAGAAGGCAAAGAAGACUCAGUAGUGCCAGAUGAUGAUGUUGAUCUUGCAGAGCCAGAUCAAAUAGGAACCAUUGGGAUGAAAAGCAGCAACUUGAAGACAACUAUCUCAUGCUUGAAAAAGUAUGAAAAACAUCUUAAAGAAACCGUUCAGGAGGAGAAGAUAAACUUGGCUAAUACUAUCAAUGACCUAGGGAACGCAUAUACAGUCUUGAAAGAAUACCCGUACUCCCUUCAUUGCAUCGUGAUCCAUGAAGGAGAGGACAAUAGUGGUCACUAUUACUCCUACAUCAAGAAUCAUAUAGAGAACUACUGGUACAGAUACAGUGAUCAUAUGGUCAAAGAAGUCUCUGAGGAGCAAGUUUUAGGAGAAGCUUAUGGAAUUACUAAACUUAAAACGUCAGCUUAUCUAGUGAUGUAUGUCUCUAAUGACAAGAUCCAUAACGUGCAGGAUAUGUCUAGUGAAUUUGAAUAUUAUCUUUCCCUCAUUCCUCAAGAUCUCAUUGAUCAAGUGAACAGAGAGAAUGUUAGCUUUAAUAUUCAACUUGAAGAAGCCAAAAAUAAGGAACUCGCAAAUGAUAUAAUGGAACACUUUAAAAAGCUAGAUGUAAAUCUGAAACGAAAUGUUAUUGGAAAUACAGAUAAAAGUUUGCUUAGUUUUCCCAUCUUUUGCUAUAAAAAUCAGGAAUUGAUACUUUGCCAACAUACAAUGCUUGAUUGUUCAGUCCAAGAGAAGCAUCCUGCCCAGUUAAGCAUCGAUUGUCUUGAUCCAACACUGGAAUCUACUCUUUCAAAAGCCUUCAAUAGGGACAUCAUUGUUCUCAUAGAAUCAAGAAAGAAGAAUCUGGAGAUAUUUAAAGCCGCUUAUUACCAAAAUCUUGAGAUUUCUCUCCUGAUACACUAUGGUAUUUCUUAUCUUAUGGAAUCUCAAAAUGAUAAAGCUUUAAAGACAAUCUCAUAUGUGAUGGCAAUGCAGAGUUCAGUGCCAUUCAUCCAAGAUAAAAUACUGCAAAAGAAGAAGGAUAUUCUGUACAAGCACUUACAAAUCUUCACUUGCUACAUAAUCUCGAAAUCAAACUAUGAAAUUGUAAAUGAUGACAUUGAAGAAGGUAUAAACAAGAUUUCCUUAGCUUGCUUACUAAUCCUCAACUACAUUCCCAGUGGUUCUUCUCUCUACAGUAAUAUCCUUGAGCUAUUGAAGGAUAUAUUCUCGAAGGUUCAGUCCAAACUAGGCGAUGCAGAGAAGCAGUACACUCGGUUGAUAUCCUCUAUCGAGAAAAAGGCUAUCACUAAGAACAAUAUGAUCGGUCCUAAACUCUAUAAAAAUAUCAAGACUCAUCUAGAAUCUGUCAAGAGCAUUCCGCUUUAUAAGUGGCAAGAUGAAGAAGACGAGGAGAAUAUUUAUGGGCUGUACACCCAGACCACUAGUUCAUUCAGAAUGACCUACCAGCCAUGGUAUGAUAUCUGGAGAAUCCUUAUGAAGAAAUGGGAAAACAAAACGAAGAAAAUCAAGAAAAAGCUGGAUAGAAUUUAUGAGAUCGAGUCUGAAAAUCUCGAGAUUGAUGUUAGGACACUAAUGUAGAUAAAGACACAAAUAUUGAAGGUUUGAACGAGGGAUAGAUAGUCACAGAAAUGUCCCUA